AAUCACAUCAUAUGUCCAUCAAUUUAUAAAACCAUGAAUGAUAGAUUCAUUGUCUCCCAUUAGCACCCAACAACUAGUACUUUGUUUCUCCGUCUAGAUGCUACAUAUGGAUAACCAAAUUAACCAUCACAAGCCAGUGAAGGUAUUAGAAGAAUGUCAAAUUGCUCCACCACCCUCCCUUCCCUCAACCACCCUUCCCCUCACUUUCUUCGACCUUCCAUGGUUUUGUUGUCGUGUCCCUAUUCAACGCAUCUUCUUCUAUGAGUUUCCCCAUCCUACACACCACUUCCUCCAAACAACACUUCCCAUUCUCAAACACUCUCUUUCCCUCUCUCUCCAACACUUCUUCCCCUUUGCCUCCAAUCUCAUUGUUCCACCACAACCCCAUCUUUCUCACAUUCGUUACCUUCAUGGAGAUUCUCUCUCCUUCAUCGUUGCAGAGUCCACCGCAGACUUCACUCUCCUUGCAUCUCAUUCUCCCCAAGACGUUCGAAACUGGCACCCUCUUAUCCCCACCUUGCCUCCUCCACAUGUUCACAAAGAUGGCACACGUGUGUUCCCUCUCAUGACCAUUCAAGUCACGGUUUUCCCAAACUCUGGCUUCACCAUCUGUCUCACCUUCAACCAUGUUGUCGGCGACGGCAAAUCACUUCAUCAUUUCAUCAAGUUUUGGGCUUCUCUUUGCAAAGCAAGAGGGGACUUGGAUCCCUCUGAAACCUCCAUGUCUCUUCCUUCGCAUGAGAGGACAAGAGUUAAAGACCCUAAAGGGCUUAAGCUCUUUUACUCUCAAGCAUUUGCGAUCAUGGAACCCAAAAUAACUGAGUUUACUGGGCUCCGGUAUCGUUUCACGGUUGUAUUGAGCCGUAAACAUACUGAAAAACUGAAGAAUUGGGUUUCCCUUAAACUCAGUGUCUACGAUUCUGGGGCAUUACACAUAUCAACCUUUGUUGUAACAUGCUCUUUGAUUUGGGUAAGCUUGGUUGGAUCAGAGGAGAGCACACAAGACUCUGAUAAACUGUGCUUCUUGAUAUUUGCAGCUGAUUCACGUGAUUGUCCUGAAUUUUCGUUAACUUCAACGUACUUUGGGAAUUGUGUGGCUACUUGCAUGGUGGCAAUGAAGAGGAGUGAGAUAGUGGGAGAAAAUGGGAUCGUUGCUGCGGCAAAGGCUAUUGAAAGGGAAAUUAGAGAUUUCAAGAGUGAUGCUUUGAGAAAGUUUGAAAAUUUGAUUUCAGACUCUAGAGAGUUAGAGAAACUAGGUAAAUCUGCGCUGAUUAUUGCAAGUUCGCCAAAAUUUGGUGUGUACCAGUCUGAUUUUGGUUGGGGAAAGCCAAAGAAAUGUGAAGUAGCGCAUGUUGAAUCGUCAGCUUUUAUGUCUCUUUCUGAAUGUAGAGACGAAAAAGAAGGAAUUGAGGUUGGAUUGGCUCUUGAAAGGACGCAGAUGAAUAAGUUCAACAACAACUUAGAAAAAGAACUCCAUAACAUUAAUAAAUGCUGAGCGAACCAUUCAUGGGAACAGGAGCUUAUAUUUUUUUCACUUUCUGUUUCAGUCUGAGUAUUCUCUUCUUUGUUGUUCCAUUUUAGAGUCAUGUGCUUGUAGUUCUUGUUAAGUUAGACCAAUAAUGACUUUGUACUGUU